AAAAAAAAACUGCUGUAAACUGCUCAAAAUUUGUAGUGAUAACCCGGACAGCAAAGUGGAUGCACAAGUAGGAGAUAAGAAAGGCGGUAUUAGUUUGAAAACAAGCAGAUAAGACUUAUAAAAUAUCAUCAAAUCGGGCAAAUUUUGAAUUUUAGUGACAGUACAAUUCUAAACAAGGCAGAGUAGAGAGAGCGCGCAAGACAACCAACAGGAUUACAAAUAAUUAUUAAAUUAUUUUUUUAUAUUAAAGUACUUAAUUAGAAAUAUGACUAGUGCAAUUGGAAAUCCUUUGAAGAAAGUCUUGCGGCAGCGUAUGAAGACCGAAGUCAUACCGGCGAUUAGCGCCGAGUCUAUAGUGGAGCAGUCGAAGGCAAUUUAUGAAAAGGUAAUCGCAUCCGAGGCAUUUCGUCAGGCAAAGGAUGUGAGCAUCUACCUCAGCACUGGCAGCGAAGUGGACACAUUGGCGCUGCUGCGUGAGCUCUUCAAUCAACAGAAGAAUGUUUUUGUGCCCACCUACAAUGGCCGAGUGAUGGAAAUGGUGCGCGUUAAAGACUGGGCCGACUAUGAGUCGUUGCCGCUAACCAAAUGGCACAUUAAACAGCCAAGCAUAAAAGACGGACGUGAGAGCGCCUUGACAAAUGGACGCGGCAUUGAUUUAUUCCUGAUGCCCGGUGUGGCGUUUACGCUAAGCGGCGGACGCAUGGGUCAUGGCAUGGGUUAUUACGAUGGUUUCCUAAAGCGGCAUUUCGAUACUUAUCCUGAGAAGAAGCCAAUACUGAUGGCGCUGGCAUUCCGCGAACAAAUCGUUGAGGAGGGCACUUUGCCGCUGGAACCACACGAUGUGCGGCUGACGACUGUGGUCACGGCAUAAGUGUGUGUUGGUGUAGAACUGCUGCAUGUUUUGUAUAUUGUAUAUACUGAUUGGUUUUAAAGACGCAAUUUAGUUAUGUAUGUAUGUAUUUUUUGUUUUUUAAUAAAAAAGGAGUCAUUCAACUUAAA